CUUGUCUUACAGCAGCUAAAGCAAGAGCAUGAGGAAGAUGACGGUGAAUUGGAGCCAGAACAAUUCCGCAAGGUGUUCGUUGGAGGCCUAUCUUCGGACACAACUGAUGAUUCGUUGAGGGAAUUCUAUUCGAAAUGGGGCGAACUCUUGGACUGUAUUGUUAUGAAAGAUCCGACCACGAAACGAACGCGUGGAUUUGGGUUCAUCGUUUAUAAGAAACAGUCAAUGGUUGACGAUGCGAUGGCGAAUCGACCGCACGUGAUUGAUGGCAAAACUGUUGAUCCGAAACGAGCCGUUCCACGAGAUCAGUCGUUGAGAACUGAGGCGAAUGUCUCAUCCAAAAGGUUGUAUGUGUCGGGUAUUCGUGAAGAACAUACCGAGGAAAUGCUUCAUGAUCAUUUCUCACAGUACGGAAAUAUCACCAAGGUCGAGAUUAUAACAGACAAAAAUACGGGCAAACCUCGUGGUUUCGCGUUUAUCUCAUUCGACGAUCAUGACCCAGUGGAUAAGUGUGUCUUGAUCAAGAAUCAUCAUAUCAACAACUAUCGGUGUGACGUGAAGAAGGCAUUGAGCAAAGAUGAAAUGGCACGGGCGCAACAACGUGAUCGAGAUCGCUCCGGCCGUAUGGGUCGUUCUCGUGGCGGCCCGAUGCGAAACGGCUCAGAUCGUGGCUACGGCCCACCACCUUACGCUGAGGGUGGUUAUGGAGGUGGUUGGGCAGGUGGUCCAGCAGAGCAACAGUGGGGUCCGAGCGGUGGCAGACAACCAUAUUACGGCGGUGGAGGCUAUGGUGGGGGCGGUUAUGGAGGAGGUUAUGGCUCACAAGGCGGUUGGACUGGUGGGCCAGCUGGUGAUGUGAACGGUGGUGCGGCGUGGACAGGAGGCGCAGGAUCACAAGGCUCAUGGGCAGGUCAGCAAGGAGGAGGUCAGUCAAGUUGGGGAGGUAGUGGUGGAAGUCAAGGAGGUUCAUGGGCUGGACAGCAGAGUGGUGGGUGGAGUGGUGGACGGGGGUAUUGA